AUGCCACGUCCGCUGAACGCCGAGCCGCUGGAUGACGACGCGGAAUUCGAUCCGGGAUUGAUUUAUAGACGCUUGCCCGAGGACAAGAGUUUAUUGUAUGAAUGCAUGAAGAACAGUCAAGCGUGUUUCCUGUUGCUGUAUUUGAAGAAUUUUUUGAUGAAAUUGUACUCGUUAAGCGAAUCUAAGAUUCAAGAGUACAGUCCGUCGGAAGCGGCCAAAGUCUACGAGAAGGCGUUGAGCAGUCGUAAGAAUAUCCAGAUGUUCUUCCCGCAGACGGCACUGCAGGAACUGAGGCCGGAGGCGAUUCACCAGAGGGACACGGUCAAUGGACAUAUUAAUAUGGCAAAUCAGAUCGUUUAU